AUGUCGCUCUAUCUCUGUGUAGAUUGUGGCGGAUCAAAGACAGCAGUCGUUAUCUGCAAUCCAGUUGGCACUAUCGUUGGUAGAGCUACCGGUGGUCCAUCCAACAUCGCAUAUCUUACCCCUCAGUCUUUCAACAAGACCGUGAAAGCCGCUGUCAUUGCCGCUCUUCAAAUCGCCCUUCCCGAUUCUCCAGACGUCUCCCUCCCCGUUGUUGGAAAAAGUCCUUUCCAUGCAGCCUGGUUUGGUGUCUCCGGAGCAGACUCGCCAGCAGCUAUCGCUCGCAUCGCCGCCCCUCUUUCAGAACUGCUUGGCUUGCCUCUGGGCCCCAAGUUGGUUAUCGCAAACGACACCCAUCUGUUGGCUGCCCCAAUUCGCAUGUACUCCGAUGUCACCCACGCAGUUGCUGUCAUCGCAGGUACAGGAUCCAUCACCGUUAGCUUCACAGAAGUCGACGGCAAGAUCGAAGAGCUCGGUCGCGUCGGGGGCUGGGGUUGGAUUCUGGGGGACGAAGGCGGUGGAUACGAUGUGGGCCGUCAAGCAUUGCGACAGAUUCUAUUGGCGAAUGACAAGUCAUCCAUUACGGGCGUUCCGUUACCCAAAAGCAUGCUCAUAGAUCGCGUUUUGGAGAUAUUCGGUGCGACCACGGUAUUGGAGAUAUUGACAGGGGUCUAUCUACCCGAUCCCCCGCCGGGUCAGACCAAUCCAACUGGUGAAACAAAUGAACACCUCGAACGAGAGAAACGUAUAUCGACCCUGUCUCCUAUUGUCUUCGAGGCCGCUUUCAAGCACCAUGACCCCCUUGCUAUGGACGUCGUGAAGGCCACAGCCAGUCAUUUAGUAGCUCAGAUCGCUUUGCUCCUCGGAGACGGUGUUGAAUCAUCUGCUCGUACUGUUAAAGCAUCUGAGAGUGUAAUAUCAUUUGGCGGCUCUUUGGUUGGAGUCGAGGCUUAUAGGCAAUUGAUUCUCACCGACCUUGCUCAACGGGGUCAUGUUUUCAAGCGAUCCAUUGUUAUAGACGAUGCUGCAGCUAUUGGCGGAACUGCGUUGGCAGCUGCAUUUACAGAUUAA